AUGCUGCUCCCGGCCCCCGCGCGGCCGGACGCAGCCUCACCCGCAGCACACGGCGGCGCAGAGCUGGUGCCGGCGGAGGCGGCGGCGGAGCUGCGGCGCCUGUACCUGUCGGGCGGCGAGCUGCUGCGCGAGCUGUGGCGCUGCUUCCCGCCGCCCGGCGCCGCCCCCGCGCCCGCGCCGCGCCCCGCCGCGCUGCACGACGCGCUGCUGCGCUUCCGCAACGUCAAGCUCAGGCCCUUCGAGGAAAAGAUGCUCCGCGACCUGACGCCGCUGGCCACGUCUCUCACCCGCCAUCUGAACCAGAUGAUAGACACCGCCUGCGCCAAGUACGCCCUCUGGCUACAACGACAGGCGAAACUGCGG